AUGAGUACGUGGACGGAGGACGUGAUGUCCUGGCGGGACGAUAGGCUUGGACUUACCGAACUGAGGGAGCCUACUACUAACAGAAGAAAACUACGCAGUGCGCCUUACAGACUACAUCGGCCACACUUGCCCGUGCCUCACGUGCCCGAGCCACCGCCGGAGCCUCAGGGAACACACAUCUCAAGGUUGUACCCGGAACUGUUAGCUCUCAUAUUCGAAAGGUUGCCCGUGCGAGACAGAGGCCGCGCGGCACAAGUUUGCCGCGCUUGGAGGGACGCAGCUGAUCGACGGUCCGUGUGGCGCGGAGUAGAGGCCGCGCUGCACCUCCGCAGGCCGGCGCCCGUGCUGUUCGCGUCGCUGGCCAGGCGGGGCGUACGCAAGCUGCAGGUGCUGUCGCUGCGGCGCGGCUUACGGGAUGCAGUGGCGGCGCUGCCAGGCCUCGAGUCGCUAUCACUCAGUGGGUGCUACAGCGUUACCGAUGCAGCCCUAGCAAGCGCGUUCGCAGCGGAACUACCAGCACUACGGAGACUAGACCUGUCUCUGUGCAAGCAAGUGACCGACUCAUCUCUCGGAAGAAUAGCACAGUCGCUGAAAAACUUGGAAGAGUUAGAACUGGGCGGCUGCUGCAACAUUACAGAUACGGGACUCCUGCUUAUCGCUUGGGGCCUCAGGAAACUGCGGCACUUGAACUUGCGAUCAUGUUGGCACGUAAACGACGCAGGGAUAGCACAUCUGUGCGGAGGCGGGGAGGCGCGAGGCACUCCAGAGCUCGAGUACUUGGGACUACAAGACUGCCAAAGGUUGACAGAUGAAGCGUUGAAGCACGCAGCUACAGGUCUUCCUAAACUCAAAUCCAUAAACCUUUCCUUCUGUGUCGCCGUGACAGAUGCGGGCUUGAGGCAUCUAGCGCGACUACCCUAUCUCGAGGAUGUAAACCUACGAGCCUGCGACGGGAUAUCGGACGCGGGGCUAGCGCACCUGGCGGAGAGCGGUCGGCUGCGGUCGCUGGACGUAUCGUUCUGUGAUAAGGUCGGGGAUGAGGCGCUGUCGCACGCGACGCUGGGGCUGUCGGGGCUUCGGUCGCUGUCCCUGAGUGCUUGCCGCCUGACAGACGAGGGCCUGGAGCGGGUCGCCAGGCUAUCACAGCUAGAAACGCUAAAUUUAGGCCAGUGCACGAAGGUCACUGAUAGAGGGCUGCGCGCGCUCGGCGACGGCCUCCUCAACCUGAGAGCGAUAGACUUGUACGGGUGUACGUGUAUCACUCCGCAAGGCUUGGACCACAUCGUGAAGUUGCCUCGGCUUAGUAUACUUAACCUCGGACUGUGGCAUGUGCGGUGA